AGCGCUUUGCAGACGGGGAGGAGGAGGCAAGUGGGCGGUUUAUGAUUCUGGCCUGUGCUGGGGCAAGUGAGCUGAACCCUUUUGAUUUCUCCCAAGCAGCCUGUGUGGGUGAACUUUAGACUGGGUGCCAGGCUUCACACUCCGUCUUUUUCUCCAGGGUGAGGAGUUACUUCCUUCUGCAGCCGGUGGCUAGCUCUCUGCCUGGUGGGGAAGGAUGCCCGGAGCGGAGUAGGAUUACAGUUUGGGGUGCGAGGUUCACACCAAAGAGUCGGAGUGCCUGGGUUCUGUUCUACGCAAAGUCCCGACAAGUGCUCCUGAAAUGAACACCUGCUUCAUUUUUGAAAUUGUACUUUUAUUUGUUUUUAUGUUUUGGCAGCGGAUACUGCUGAUCUACAAACCGAGUACCACAAUAUGGCUAGGCUGAAACAUUUUUGUCCUCUUUCUUAACCCCUCGUUUUCCUUUUCUUUUUAAUUGGGUGGCCCAGAAGCAAUCCUUUUGCACAGUGCUGUGCCUGACACUGCACAUUGUCUGAGUGAGUGGGAAGCGGCCGGCUGGUGUGAAGGACCCGACCAAUUUCAACACCAGAGCUUUUUGUCUGUGGGGCCAUCCUUUGUUUCUGACUUGAUUUUGGUGUAAAAGAAGAUGAAAAAGGAACGCUGUUCAGGUUCCUUCAGACUGAAGCCAAGUGCAGGUUCUCUCUCACGUGCUGUGAGUUGGAUAAAUUUCUCCUCCCUGUCCAGGCAGACAAAGAGGCUGUUCCGCAGUGAUGGAGAGCUCUCCGUUUGUGGGCAGCAGGUGGAAGCGGAUGAUGAAAACUGGACAUACAGAACCCAGCCCAGAAAAGCGGUUUCCAACCUAGAUGAGGAGAGCCGUUGGACAGUCCACUACACUGCCCCAUGGCACAAACAGGAGAACGUGUUCCUCCCCGCCACCAGACCCCCCUGCGUUGAGGACCUGCACCGCCAGGCCAAGCUCAACCUCAAAUCAGUAUUGAGGGAAUGUGAUAAGUUGCGGCAAGAUGGCUACCGAAGUUCUCAGUACUAUUCUCAGGGACCCACCUUUGCAGCCAACUCCAGCCCCCUCUGUGAUGAUUAUCAAGAUGAGGAUGAAGAAACAGAUCAAAAGGGGGUAUUACCCGGUACUACCAAAGAGGUUCUUGCUGCUGAAGGGAGAUCAGUUAUGGGUGCCAAGAUACUUCCUUGUUCUCUCUCUUCAUCAGAAGAAGAAAGAUUUAUUUUCAUCAGGAGAUCUAAAACGCCAACCUCAAAUGACUUCUCUGACCUUAAUACUCAGACAAACUGGACCAAGUCACUUCCACUGCCCACACCAGAAGAGAAGAUACGACAGCAUGCCCAGAUGGUCCAGGCUGAUGUGGUUCCUAUUAACAUAACUGGGGAGAAUUUUGAUCGCCAGGCCAGCCUUCGGCGGUCUCUAAUUUACACAGACACUCUGGUAAGACGACCGAAGAAAGUCAAAAGGAGAAAGACUAUUACAGGAGUCCCUGACAACAUACAGAAGGAGCUAGCCUCUGGCACUGGUCAAGAUGAUGUUGGUGGUCAGUCAGUGUUUUCCCCAGACCACUACCCUACAUUAGGAAGGCUUGAUAGCUACCAGCCUGCUGGGCAGCGCUCAGAAACCAGGGACUCCAGCUGUCAGACUGAGGAUGUGAAAGUCGUGCCACCGUCCAUGAGAAGAAUCAGGGCGCAGAGGGGGCAAGGCAUUGCUGCCCAAAUGAGCCACCUCUCUGGCUCCUCCGGCAACAUGUCUGUGCUAAGUGAUUCUGCGGGUAUUGUGUUCCCUUCCCGCCUCCACAGCGACGCUGGUUUCCACAGUCUGCCACGUUCAGGAGCAAGGGCAAACAUUCAGUCCCUCGAGCCGAGGCUGAGUGCCCUGGGCCCUGCAAGAGACGUGGGUGACACUUUCCCCUACCAGAGGAGUAAUCCACAAGUAGAUGAACACUUAGGAUAUUUAGGGGAUGCCUCAAGGACAGGAGCACUUUUGAGGCCCAAAUCCCAGGAGCUGAGGCACUUUGAAAGUGAAAAUGUAACAAGCCCAGCAUGUGUGGUUUCUCCUCAUGCGACUUAUUCCACCAGCAUCAUCCCAAAUGCUACACUUUCUUCCUCUUCGGAGGUCAUUGUUAUUCACCCUGUUCAGAAUACAGGGUUGCUGGACAGUAAAAUCACCAGCUCAUCCUCAUACAUGAAGAUAAAAUCCAGAGACCACCUCAUCUCCAGGCACACUGUGAAAGAUGACCCUCAGUCUCCCCGCCGUCACUGGAGUGAGCGUCACCCAGCCGUUCUUUCACAAGCCUUAGACACCCAUUCCCCUGGUGCACCCACACUGUUGUCUCUCUGUGAUUCCUCAGUCUCUCUAAAUGCAAAUCAGGAGAAUGGGUCCCAAGUUGUGCCCUAUAAUUGCAGAAGCAAUGUGCGCUUCCCAGCCCACCCUCAGGAUGUGGAUGGCAAUAGCGAGUCUAGUCAUUCAGGGGGCGGAGGACAGGGUAGCUCAGAGCCCUGGGAAUACCAAGCCUCAAGUAAUGGGCAGGCAUCCCCACUGAAGCCACCUGUGGCAACUCCUGGGUACUCCACGCCAGCAAGUAACAUGAGCAGCUGCAGUUUGGACCAAACAUUCAACAAAGAGGAUGCAGGGUCGCUGUACUCUGAGGACCAUGACGACUGCUGCACGUCUGUGCACUCCAACUCCGGACGUGCAUCUGGGAAUUUGUGCAAUAGCAGCGAUGGCUUCAGGAACCCUCGGCACAGCGUGGUCAAUGUGUUUGAUGGGAGAGCUCAGAAAAACCAAGGGGACAGGUCAAAUUGCAAUGAUAAGUCCCUUUCGAGAAACAUCUCUCUGAAGAAAGCAAAGAAGCCUCCCCUGCCACCCUCCCGGACAGACUCCCUCCGCAGGGUUCCCAAAAAAAGCAGCCAAUCCAAUGGGCAGGUGCUCAAUGAGCACCUCAUCGCCUCGCUCCAGCACUCGCUGCACCUGAGCCUCCCGGGCAAGGGUGGCAGCUCGCCCUCUCAAAGCCCCUGCAGUGACCUGGAGGAGCCCUGGCUGCCCCGGUCACGGAGUCAGAGCACAGUCAGCGCCAGCAGCAGCCUAACUUCCACCACCGCCCCCAACGUCUACUCCCUGUGUGGGGUCACUCCAUCACAGAGCGAUACCAGCAGCGUCAAGUCGGAGUACACGGACCCGUGGGGUUACUACAUUGACUACACAGGCCUGCAGGAAGACCCGGGCACCCCAGGAGGGGGCUACUUUGCUGGCAGCGGGACGCCCGCUGGAAACGGCCUCGUCCGCCCGGUCCAGGAAGGGCCCAGGGCCGUCCCACCGCAGGUACCCAGCGGUUCGGUCAAACCAAAGAUCACAUCGCCAGAGAAGUCACACAGAGUCACUUCUCCAUCUAGUGGGUAUUCCAGCCAGUCAAAUACACCCACAGCUCUCACUCCUGUGCCUGUGUUUUUAAAAUCCAUGUCACCAGCAAAUGGGAAGGGUAAGCCCAAGCCCAAGGUGCCAGAGAGGAAGUCCUCUCUGAUAUCCUCAGUGUCCGUUUCCUCAUCGUCGACUUCUCUGUCCUCCAACACUUCUACAGAAGGAGGCGGCACGAUGAAGAAACUGGAUGCAGCCUCAGCCUGUCCCCUGGUGCCCCCCACUCCGCUCCCGGGCCCCCUCCCCCCGCCUCCCUCGCCUUUGGCCGACUGUCCUGAGGGCUGUGCAUUGCCCCCCUCUCCUGUUUUCCCCCCUCCGCCACCUGAAGCUCUCACUCCCUUCUGCUCCCCUCCUGAUGGGUGCCUUCCUCCUGCCCCCGCUUCACUGAGCCCCCUUUUUCCAGAUUCUUCUGUGCCCUUACCAUUGCCUUCACCUUUCCUACCCUCCUCGGAGCCCCCACCUGCCCCUCCUCUGGACCCCAAAUUCAUGAGAGACCCCAGGCAUUCUUGCCCUAACUCCAGCCAGCCAGACUCCUCCCGGGAGGCCUUCAGGCCGCCUUCCACUAGGGAGGAGAGCAGCAGACCCCCCAUGCCCCUCAUAACCACAGAAGCACUGCAGAUGGUGCAGCUGAGGCCAGUGAGGAGGAACUCCGGCACUGGGCCGGCUCUGUCAUCUGAACCAACAGCUCAGGAAAAACGAACUUUGGUUGCUCCACAGUACCACUUAAAGCCAUCUGCCUUCCUGAAAUCCCGAAAUAGCACACAUGAAAUGGAGAAUGAAAGCCAGCUUGCCUCCCUGACAAGCUCGCUCCGGUCGCCUGCCAAGAGCUUGAGUCAGGGUGACCAUGGCAGUGCAGCCGAGCACGGCAGCGGCCCGUGGAGUGCCAGGGACGCAGAGGCUCAGACCGGCCCCAGAACCGCCCAGCUCCCCAACUCUUCACCCAGCAGGAAGCCACCGCCCAUUUCUAAGAAGCCCAAACUGUUCCUGGUGGUGCCACCUCCACAGAGAGAUUUCACAGCGGAGCCUGCAGAGAACGUGAGCGAAACCCUCCGAGCUGUGCCCAGCCCUACGAGGGGAGAGGAGGGCCCUGCCCACAGCAAUGAGGCAAGAGAGAGUCCUGCAGCCCGAGCUGGCUCUCAUGCGACGUACCCUGGCAGCUUGGUUCUUGAGGAAGGAGCUCCAGAAUCUGUGUCCCCAGGCACAGUGGAAGCCAAUGUCCCCAUGGUACAGCCUGAUGCCUCACCUGGCCCCCAGCAGGAAGAGCCAGCCGAGAACAGAGAGGAUGGUGGAGGUGACGUGGAGAGCUGCCUGUCUAGACAGGAUGGAGAGGCCGGGGUGCCGCAGACCGACACAGCCGCUUCCUCCUCCGAGGCCUGUGACUUCCCCAGGGAAGAAGGGAGUGAUGAGGUGAUGACCCCCAGUAGACCCAGGACCACAGAAGACCUUUUUGCAGCUAUUCACAGAUCUAAAAGGAAAGUCCUUGGCCGGAAAGAUUCAGACGAUGAUCCUUCCCGAAACCAUUCUCCCUCCCCGCCAGUGACACCCACGGGCGCUGCCCCGAGCCUGGCCUCUCCAAAGCAGAUGGGAUCCAUUCAGAGAAGUGUCCGCAAGAGCAGCACCAGCAGCGACAACUUCAAAGCUCUGCUGCUCAAAAAGGGGAGUCGUUCUGACGCCAGCGCCCGCAUGUCGGCAGCGGAGAUGCUCAAGAAUACAGACCCGCGCUUCCAGAGGUCAAGGUCGGAGCCUUCAGCAGACACUCCCGAGAGCCCGUCAAGCUGCUCCCCAAGCAAGAGCAGAAGGGCCCAGGAGGAGUGGGCCAGGAACGAGGGCUCCAUGCCGCGGAGUCUGUCGUUCUCCGGCCCCAGGUACGGCCGCAGUCGAACGCCGCCCUCCGCGGCCAGCAGCAGGUACAGCGUGCGGAACCGUAUCCAGAGCAGCCCCAUGACGGUCAUCUCGGAGGGCGAAGGGGAAGCCUCCGAGUCUACGGACAGCAGGGCGCGCGGGGCUCCGGGCACCGCGCAGGGAUGCUCGCUGGACGGGCGGGCAGGGGAUGAGAUGGACGAGGGCAGUGCGCUUUGCGGCAAAGAGCCUGCCACCUCCCUGCGGCCACCGGCUCCUGGCCCUGCCAACGGGACAGCCAGUGUAGGGGACAGGGAGCAGCCAGAACAGUGUGGAGGUUCCCUGAGAGAGGAGAGCUAGGGACACGAGAACGUGACUCUCUGGGGGAUGGGAGAUGAGCAAUGCCUCCGUAGAGAGAGCCUGCUGGGUGCCCCUGCCUGGCUUCUCGGGACCCCCCCCCCCAGGGUCGGUGCCGUGGGCCCAGCGCUGCCGGCCCUGCGGUGUGAGCGGAGGGCCAUUUAGGACUCACUUGGCACUUGCCCUGUGGCUUAAACGCAAGUAGAAGCUUAAACUUCUGAAAGUGCUUCCUGGGGAAGAUUUUUUUUUUUUUUCUAAAUACUGGGGGUGUGUCAGGGGUGUGGGUGUGUGUGUGUGUGCAUUUUGAACAUGUUUUUUAAAAAUACACACACACAAACAUGUACAGACAUAGGCGAAAGUAAGCCAGAGUUAUGAUGAGUAGAGUAAGCUGGGAGUCUUUGGACUAGGUGGUAACCGCUUUCAGAGCUUUCUGUUCCUGGAAACGUGUGAGUUCCACGAGAAGGGAGAAGACACUGUUGCUUCUAAGAAAGAGGCGGUGGAUUAGCUGGUUCUUAAUGCACAGAACGCGGGGAUGUACGCACGUGUGUGCCGGAGGGGAGCGAGAGCGAGUCCCGGGAAGCGCAGAGGAGCUGGGGCAGGGCUAAUGGGUUCAGGUACUUUUUCUCUGGGGGAAAUAGGCUUUGUUUCUUUUUUGGUAAACAUAACAAACGUGGAGCUGGCAAAGCUGUAACUCAGUGCCCGCUGCUGUGCAGCCUCGUACACACAACUCUUAGCCCGAUGUUUAGAAGUGUGGGCAAUUUUUAAAUGCAGCCCCCCCUUGAGUAGCAGCUGCAGCCUUCUGUGAGAAGGGAAGUGACAUGGGGACACACCGACAGGGAGCGAGAGGCAAGGGGAGAGGGGUGAGUGACACACUGCUGGAAUUGGUUCCUGCCCAGUAAAUAAAGUUAUUUUGCAGAAUUAAAUUUGAAAACUUGCACUACAGGACUGUGGGUGGAGCUUUUCCUUUUACAACAGUUUUUGGGUGUUUUUAAACCAGAGUUUAAACUUCCAUUUGGCCAUUUCCUACCACUUGAAAUGUCAACAUUUGCUAACUUUUGGAUAUCCUUUUGGUUACACCAAAGACAAAGUUAUGGCUCUUAUCUUUCCUUGCCUACAGUAUUGUCCUAAUUUAGAAAGUUUUUAGCAAAAUCUAUUAUCCAUUAUCUGACUUUAAAGAAAAUACUGAACAGCUCUUGUUAGUCAAACAAACUGAUACACAUUGGUCAGGCUUGGCUAUUAUUGAGCCCCAGGGGAAAUGAGGUGUUAGAUUAAAAAGAGUUUUGUGGGGGUUUUUGCAUCAUUUGGUUUGUGCAUUUUUAUAUUUGUUUUUAAAUAGAGUUGCUAAUUACCUUCUAAUCUCCAAUUAGAAUUUCAACACUUUUAGACACAGGAGAAAAGUAUGUAAAGUCUUUAUUUUAAUGUAAUGCUCUUGCGGCCCACACUCUCCCUCCUUCCUACUCCUUUUUUUUUUUUGAGACAGAGUCUCAGUUUGUCGCCCUCGGUAGAGUGCGAUGUGCGAUGGAGUAACAGCUCACAGCAACCUCCAGCUGUUGGACUUAAGUGAUUCUCUUGCCUUGGCCUCCCAACUAGCUGGGACUACAGGUGCCUGCCACAACACCGGGCUAUUUUUUUUUUCUUGAGUUUGGCUAGGGCCGGGUUUGAACCCACCACCCUGGGUAUAAGGGGCCAGCGCCCUACUCACUGAGCCAAAGGUGCUGCCCAUGUUAGCCAGAGUCUUUUCUUCUUUAGAAGGGCCAAGGAGACAAUGUUGGGGUUCUUGGUUUAAGUCCAUUGCAGCCACCAAAUAGCCAUUUUCUCAGCAUGAAAAUAUCCCCUAACAGUUGCUCUGCACAGGUCAUCUCAUCACGAGGCUUAUAAAAUAAAACUUCAGACACAAUUUUAGACAUGUCUUUGAGGCAGAAACAUAUGUAAAGAGUUAAGACUCCUUCCCUUCUUUGAAGAAAACAAAGCACUUCUUUUCAUACAGCAGGGAAUCAAGAGCUGACAUUUGGAGCAGUUUUCUACUACAUUGGCACAAGGAUUGUUUCUUCUAAAUUUUGGAAAAGUGGUAUUCUUUUUUUUUUUUCAUGUUGGCUUUUGAUUAUGAAAUCUUGUAGCUACCUAAAAAAUAUUAGAAUGGACAUGGACAUCAGAAAUCUUUAACUUAAUAUAAAAAUCAUUUAUUUGAAGGUAAGAUAAGCAACAUUGAAACUAAUUAUAAAACUAUUUAAAAAUUACCAUUUUUAAAGAAAAAUAUCUAUUAGGUUUUAAAUUUGCUUUGAAUAAAACAA